GGUGCUCGUUACGCUCGGUGAUAUCUGCGCCGCCCCACCAUAACUAUCCCACCACCACCACCACCACCACUACCACUACUACCACCUUCACCACAACAGCCUCCCCCACCAUCACCAUGUCGCGUUAUACCUAUAGACGCUCCGAAUCCCCGCCCAGUCAAAGCCAAUCGCGGCUCCCCGCCUACGAACCGCCAAUCCUCCCGCUGCACCCUCGCGCCAUUCCACAGCUGACACAAGACUUCCUCGAGAACACGAAGAAAGACAGUGAGCUCCUCCGGCGGGCACGAGUGCUCCUCGCGUCGUCAGCCAGCGAUCUCGGACAGCGCAGCCUCUUCGCCGUCGGCGAGGAGAAGGAUUCGAUGGUGCAGCUCCUGGAGGGGCUCGACAGCAGUGCGAAGCGGCUCGUCGACUACCGCCGCAGCGUGACGGACUGCAAGGACGUGAUCGUGCAGAUUGUCGAGGAAGAGGAGAUACGGGCGCGAGAGGUGACGCCGCCGCCGGCGGGGGAGCUCACGGUUGUGCGCGUUGAGGAGGGCGUGUGGGGACGGUUCUCGGACGGGGUCAAGGCGCGCCGCGAGCGCUGGGAGGCCCUGUCUGAGUUCGAGAAGUACGCCAACCACAAGGACUACGAGCUGUUCCGGCGGACGUACUGGGACGCCCGCAACCCGGAUAUCCCCCCGCAGUCGGCGAGAGAGUGGUUCCGUGUCGGCGCCGCGGACGACGAGGACGAGGACGAGGACGAGGACGAUCUCCAGAUCGCGCGGCAAACCGAGAGCUACAAGUGUCCGCUCACGCAGCGGGAGUUUACGGAUCCUGUGCGCGCCCCGAAAUGUGGCCAUACGUUCGAGAAAGAUGCGAUCAUCCAGCUGCUAGGGAAUCAUGCGAAUAUGACUUGUCCCGCGAAUGGCUGCAGUCAGAACUUUGCCCGCAGGGACCUGGAGCCGAAUAAGUUCAUCAUGAUGAAGCUGGCGAGGCAUCGCGCGACUGAGGAGAGGCGGAAGCGCGAGAGGGAUAUUGCGAGGGAUAAUCGUGGUGCCGACGAAGAGGAAGAGGAGGAGGAGGAGGACGAACAGCCGACGCGUUCAAAAGUCAAGAAUGAGCGGGGCGGGGCGAGAAGGAAAAAGAGCAGGAGGGAGACCGUCGUAUCUGUGGAUGAUGAUGACGAGUAGGUCACUGGUUCGUCACUCAUUGUUGGGGCAUGGAGUACUUGGUUUGUCGCUUUCUGGGAUUUGCGGUUUUUCUCUUGUACCAUCAAAAUUACAGGUUGG